UAGUUUUUCCAGAAGUCUGUGCCAGUCAACCAGGUCCAUGUCGUAAUUUGUCCCAAAGAUAUGCACCAGUUGGUUAACUAUUGAUUUGUAUUGAUUGUUUACUAAUUUUGAACAUUUAUGCAGAGCAAAAUUAAAGGGAAAAUGGUACAUCGAUCGCUUUAUCUAGAUAUUUUUUCAAAAAGGAAGACAAAAGUAAAGCCUCUUAGUAUAUGCCUUCGCGAGAUCUUUCCACCAACAACUGAACUGAACAACUACACGGUUAUAGGCACAGAUAAUAAGAAUUUUGUUGUUCUAUACAAAUGUGAAUACAAUCCCAUUUCACAAUCCAAUACCGAGUCCGUCAACACUUACACAAAAUGGAAAAUUCCGGGUGCAGCCACCUUAAAAAGAAUUUCACAGGCCUACAAAAAGAAUGGCCUGCAGGAAAGCAAAGUUUUGUUAUUGUGCCAGUUGUAGCAUACAAAAUGAGCAAUAGUAAAUAUGGUGA